AUGUUCCGACUGCCACGCAGCCUUGGCCUUCCACGUCUGCUCCGUGACCAGGCCCGCAUCGCAUCUCCGGACCGCUCCUCCAUCGCGACAGUGGCAGCCCGCCCGUAUCAUCCGCGUUCAUCUUACUUGAGCACUCCUGCCCUCCGCUCCUUUGCCACGACGCCGUCCUUUGCGCGUGCAUCCACCAUCUCGGACGGUACAGUCCCCGCCAUGCCGUCUUCCCAGGCAAUCCCCUCCGAGCCCUUCCCGCUCGCGGGUCUCUUGCCCAAGGACACCACAGAGGCCAUCAACUUCCUCCGCAAGUAUCCCCAAUACGACGGCCGCAAUGUCCGCGUCGCCGUCCUCGACACCGGCGUAGACCCCGCCGCCAUCGGCCUCAACCACAAGGGCAAGGUCGUCGACGUGAUCGACUGCACCGGUGCCGGUGACAUCCCGCUCCAGCCUAUUCAGCCCAUCUCCUCUUCGGCCGGCGCACACGUCGACUUCAAGUCCCCCUUCACCGGCAGAACCAUCCGCGUCUCUUCCGAGCUCACCAAUCCCAAAGGCGAGUGGAAGAUCGGCUUCAAGCGAGCUUACGACCUCUGGCCCGGCGAGCUUAAGAACCGUCGCUCCGCGGAACGACAGAAGGCCUUCCUCGUCUCCCACCAGGCCCUCCUCUGCCAGGCACAAGCAGACCUCAAUGCUCUCGAAACUCCCGCAGCCUCGACAUCACCAGCAUCUGCUGAUGCCUCGCCGUCAUCCUCCGACAAGACCUCUCCCGCCGAGAACGUCAAAUUGCAAAAGGACGAGCUCAAGGCCCGAGUCCAGACGCUCAAGGACCUCGCCGCUUCGUACAGUGAUGACGGCCCCUUGAUCGAGGUCAUCGUCUUCCACAAUGGCAAACACUGGUAUGCUGUCGUCGGCGGUGGUGAGGGCGAAACGCACGACUCGGCUCGUGGCCAGCCAGAGGACUUGCUCAAGCCGCUCGACUCUCAAAUCCUCGACCUCUCUGCCGUCGAGCCCAUCACCGACUUCCGCAUCGACCACCAAUGGCAGUGCUUCGGUCAGCAGGACCUCCUCACCUACACCGUCAACAUCGAGGACAACGGCAACCUCCUCAGCCUCGUCACCCUCGCCGGCAGCCACGGCACCCACGUCGCCGGCAUCGUCGGUGCUCGUCACGACGAACAGCCCGAACUCAACGGCGUUGCUCCCGGCUGCGAGAUCGCUCUCAUCGACACAAAGUGCGACAUCGCCAACCUCAGUUACGGCGAAGACGGCGCAUUCGGUGCCGAGGACAAGGGCGCCUUCGCCAAAGCUCUCCGCGACCUCGUCAUCCGUCAGCGCGACAUCCUUUUCGUCAGCAGCGCAGGCAACAACGGCCCUGCUCUCACCACCGUCGGCCAGCCCGGAGGCACAACCUCCUCCGUCCUCAGCGUCGGCGCCUACGUCAACGCCGGCGCCAUGCAAAAGGCCGAGUAUGCCCUCGUCGAAAAGGGCGUGCCGGACAGCGUCACCACAUGGUGCAGCCGUGGUCCCACCUCGGACGGUGACCGCGGCGUGUCCAUCUACGCCCCCGGCGCUGCCAUCACUUCCAUCCCUCGCUACUGCCUCCAGUCCUCCCAGCUCAUGAAUGGCACUUCCAUGAGCUCGCCCAACGCCUGCGGUGCCAUCGCUCUGCUCCUCUCCGGUCUCAAGGCCGAGAACAUCCCCAUCACCCCGGCGCGAGUCUUCAAUGCCGUCCGCGUCACCGGCAAGGACGUCAACGAUCCCCUCGGUGUGCCCUUCAUCCGCGUCGAUGCCGCUUGGGACUACCUCGUGCAGAACAAGGACCGCGUCGAGCAGGACGCCGAGUACCGUGUCGCUGUUACCCGCGCCGGCAAACCCCUCGGACGCAUGGACAAGCGCGGCAUCUACCUCCGCGAGAAGGACGAGACCUACAAUGUACAGCAGACCAACAUCACCGUUCGUCCCACCUUCAAGCAAGGCGAGACAGAGAAAGCCUUCAACCUCGAGCUGAGGUGCGCGCUCGCUGCCACGCAGCCCUGGAUACAGGUACCCGAGUUCCUGCUGCUCGGUGGCAACGGACGCACGUUCGAAGUGCGCGUCGACCCCACCAACCUGCCACCCGGCCUCCACCAUGCCUGGAUCGAGGCCUACGACGCCGAAACACCGGGCCACAAGUUCUUCGAUGUUCCCGUCACCGUCGCCAAGCCUGAGCUCUUCCCCUCGCCGACGGUCAAGUUCGAAACCGUCCGAUUCGAGGCCGGAAAGAUCGAGAGGCGUUUCGUGCAUGUUCCCGAGGGUGCCACAUGGGCUUCGCUCACGGUGCGCAGCUCCAACCACUCGUCGCCUGGUACCAGUGCGCGCUUCUGGCUGCACUGCGUCCAGCUCGAGCCUCUUCAGCGCUUGAGCGAGGUCGAGAAGGCCUUCGUGCUCGCGCUGCAGGAGAACGAGCCGGUCAACAAGAAGUUCAACGUCCGCGGAGGCAUGACCAUGGAGGUCUGCUCGGCGCAGUUCUGGUCCAACAAGUCGGCCUUCGACCUGGACUUGGAUAUCGAGUUCCACGGUGUCACUGCUGCACUCGUCCCCGCCAGCGGCCGACAGGAGCUUACGCUGAUCGGCGGCCAGGGCCACGCCAAGAUCGAGUGCCAGUCGACCGUCCGCAUUGAGGACUUCAAGCCGAGUGUCACCUUUGACACGCGACGCACCUUCCACCGCCCCACCUCGUCAAAGAUUCGCCCGCUCACCACGCCCAGGGAUCUGCAGCCAAGCGGCAAGCACAUGUUUGAGCUGGUCACCACCUACAACAUCUCUGCCAAGGAAGACUCCAACAAGCUCAGCUACUCGUUCCCGGCGCUGGGCAACCACCUGUACGACUCGAGCGUACCGCUGCUCACACAGCUGUUCGACCUGCGCAAGAAGCGCGUGCACUUUGGCGACGUCUACAAGAAGGAGAUCAAUCUGCCCAAGGGUGACUAUGUGCUGAAGGCACAGAUCCUCAACGAAAACAUGAAGGUGCUCGAGAGUCUGAAGCACGUUACGCUCAUGAUCGACCAGAAGCUCUCCAAGCCCGAGUCGGCAGCGCUCAAGCUCUACGACAACCACGUCGACCUGCACUCGGAGGCGGCGCCGGCCAAGUACAACGGCAUCAAGCUGCACCCGGGCGAACGCAUCGUGCUGACGCUCGACCUCAACCUCGAGGGCGAGGCGGUGCCCAAGGAGGCGCAACCGGGUGACGUGCUCGUCGGCUCCUUUGGCUUCGCUGCCGAGGGCAAGGGCCAGCUGCGCUACAUUGUACCUCCGUCUGUCAAGAGCGACGAGAGCGACGAUGCAGCGCCUGGUGGCAAGAACGAGAACGAGAUCCCCGAGCUGCUCACCGCGACUGCAAAGAAGAUCAAGGACCCCAAGGAGAAGCUCGAGUUCAUGGACAAGCUUAUUGCGGACUACCCCAAGUUCCUCGGAGCGCUUGUUGCCAAGCUCGAGGCUCUUGAUGCGGAUGACAAGGAUGCUACCAAGCGUCAGCAGGUCAUCAGCGCCGCUGAUCAGGUGCUUGCACAGAUCGACGAGACGCAAGUCAAGCUGUGGAUGGCGACUCAGAAGCCGUCGGCCUCGGAGCAGACGGACGAGGAGAAGAAGGCGAACAAGGCCAUGGAGGAAAAGAAGAAGGCACUCAUCCUCGCGCUCAACCGCAAGGCACGUGUGCUGAUGACCGAAGCGGAAGAAUCCGCCGCGGCGCACAACCAGCUCGAAAAGGUCUGGAAGCAGUACCGCGAGUACUUUGCGCCCGACUCCAAGGCCAAGGAGUACGUCGAGCUGUACGUGCGCUGGUGCAUACUGCACAACCGCCCCGCCCUCGCCCUCCAAGCCGCACAGAAACUCAAGAAGGAGCUGGGCGCAGGCACCCCCGACUCGAUCAAAGAGGUCGAGAAGAUCAAAGCGCUCGAGCUGCGUCUCGUCGGCAAGGACGGCCUCAACUGGCCCCUCUGGGCCGCCCACCUCGAGAGGGCAGAGAAGAUCGCCGCUCCCGCCGACUACGCUCCUUUCUAA